UUCGAAGUAUAUAAUUCGUGACAUAAGAGGUUCUCUCGUCUGCUCGAAAGUCCUCUUCGCUUUUGCUAGCAAAAAUGGCGACUCGUAUGCUGAAAAUCGGUAACGCGCUCCGUACAUAUUCAGACAGAACAAACUUGCUGAAGACCCGUAAACAAUGGAGAUCCACAGCAGCUUCUCUCAAAGAGACGCUGAUAAAUCAGCCACCAACAAGGGUUACUGCCCUUGACAGUGGCAUGCGAGUCGCCAGUGAAGACAGCGGAGCCGCCACCGCCACUGUCGGACUUUGGAUUGAUUCUGGUAGUCGGUAUGAAACUGAUGAAAAUAAUGGUGUGGCCCAUUUCAUGGAACAUAUGGCGUUCAAGGGAACUGCAAAGCGUUCGCAGACCGAUUUGGAGCUUGAGAUCGAGAAUAUGGGCGCCCAUUUGAAUGCAUACACGAGUCGAGAGCAGACAGUUUUCUAUGCCAAAUGUUUGGCUCAAGACGUACCCAAAGCCAUCGAAAUCUUGAGUGACAUUAUACAAAACUCAAAGCUUGGUGAAAGUGAAAUUGAGAGGGAACGAAGCGUUAUUUUACGAGAAAUGCAAGAGGUCGAAACGAAUCUUCAGGAAGUAGUUUUUGAUCACUUGCAUGCAACAGCCUAUCAGGGAACUCCUUUGGGUAGGACGAUUCUUGGACCCACUGAAAACAUCAAGUCGAUCACUCGUAAUGAUCUGGUCUCUUACGUUAAAGAACAUUACGGGCCACCCAGAUUUGUUCUGGCAGGUGCCGGAGGCGUAGACCAUGCCCAACUCGUCGAUCUUGCGGAUAAACAUUUCGGAAAAAUGAAGGGACCCUGUUACGAAGAAAUUCCGUUGCUUCCAAAACCCUGUCGUUACACCGGAUCAGAAAUGCUUGUCCGUGACGAUUCUAUGCCUUUGGCUCAUGUAGCACUUGCUAUCGAGGGAGCUGGAUGGACCGAUGCUGAUAACAUCCCCUUGAUGGUCGCAAACACUUUAAUGGGUGCUUGGGAUCGUAGCCAAGGAGGCGGUGUAAACAACGCGACUAAUUUGGCCAGAGCUUCUGCCGAGUCAAAUCUCUGCCACAGUUAUCAGAGUUUCAAUACGUGUUACAAGGACACCGGUCUUUGGGGAGUUUACUUCGUGUGCGAUCCGAUGUCGGCCGAAGACAUGGUCUACAACAUUCAAAAAGAAUGGAUGCGGCUGUGUACCUCCGUUACCGAGAAGGAAGUUGCUCGAGCUAAAAAUAUCCUAAAAACAAAUAUUCUGCUCCAGCUCGACGGAACGACCGCGAUUUGCGAAGACAUUGGUCGCCAAAUGCUCUGUUACAAUAGGCGUAUUCCACUCCAUGAACUCGAAGCAAGGAUAGAUAGCGUAACUGCGAAAAACAUUCACGAAGUUGGAAUGAAGUAUAUCUACGAUCAUUGUCCAGUCGUCGCUGCCGUCGGUCAAAUCGAAAAUCUGACAGAUUACAAUCGCAUUCGCGGUGCCAUGUACUGGAUAAGAGUUUAAGAUAAUAUCGAACGAGUUCGAGUUACCGAGAAAAGCAAAAAACAGAAAAAAAAACAUAUAAAACGAUCUAGCUGGAAGCACAGCUUUCCAGAGUAAAAUUUCAAUUCCACCGACAACGAGAAAGUUUCGAUAUUAUCGUUUUGUCAAUAAUUGUAAUUUUACUCUCGUACAGUGAGACAACAAAAAAAAACUAGUAAAAUUGUACGCCGUUCCGCAGAAUAAAUCGUAGUCGAGAAAACUUUGCGUUUACAAAAUUUUUAAGAAAAAGAAAAUACACAAAAAUGAGAAGCGAGGAAUUAAUGAACGCAAAAGUGAAACCAUGCAACGUGACUGAAUCGUUGGAUGCUGAAGAUAUAAAAUGUAUUACUAUUCCGAAUGUACAAUAUAAAUCAACGUGAAAAAAAAAAUCGGAAUCCUUCAGUA